GUGUAUUCACAAUGUGUUUCCUUUUAUGAAAUGAAGUGUAUAUCGUGAUUUCGUUAGUGUGCCACGUUUAGGUUUUAACCGGAACAGUGUAACUAAAUCUGAAACAGUGCGUGUUGUUUGGAAGUAUUCCUGUAAUAUUCUGUGAUAAACAGUUUCCUGUAGCAAUUUUUAAAAAAAUAUAUAUUUCCUGUAGCAAUUUAAUAUACUCAGUGCUGUACUGUACCAUAUGGAAAAAUCAGAAUAUGGAAUAAUUGACAAAAAUACCCUAACAGGAUUCUUCAGGAUGUGGAGUCGAGUUAUGUGGACCCUUCUCCUGCUAGGACUGGCGGUUAGUUCGGCACUUCCUGUCUCAGCAGAAGAUGAUGGUGACUACCUCAACCUGUUUCUGGUGAAGGUCAAUAAGAGGUCAGCCAUUCAUGAGCUGGCUGCAGAGCAUGGCUUCACCAUCGCUGACGAGCUGGAGGAGCUUGGCUAUCACCUGUUGGAACAUAGCGAUAUCUCACGAAGAUCUAAAAGAAGUGCGGAAAAUCACGUCCAAAAACUACGCGAUGAUACUCGGGUCCAGUUUGUACAACAACAGAAGCUUUUAAUCCGAGAUAAACGUGAAAUCCUACAUGACAAACAGCUGGAGAUGCCUGAGCGUAUCUUUGACCCCACAGAGUACUACCGGGCCCCAGCAGCACAUCUGUACAAUAGGGGCUUCUCCAGCUCCCAGGGUGUGACCUUCAACGACCCCUACUACAAGGACCAGUGGUACUGUGACAACUAUGGGCAGUCUGGUGGGAAGAAAUAUAUUGACCUCAAUGUCAAGGUCGCUUGGGAUCAAGGUUACACCGGUACAGGGGUCACAAUCACAGUGUUGGAUGAUGGGAUUGAUCACACCCAUCCCGACCUUCAAAAGAACUAUUCACCUUUUGCCAGUGCAGACUUGAAUGACGUACAUGAUAAAAACAAUGACCCCAUGCCAAACACUAGAGUCCCCGGAAACAGCCAUGGGACACGCUGUGCUGGAGAGAUUGCCGCAGAGGCGAACAAUGGUGUCUGCAGUGUGGGCAUUGCUUAUAAUGCCAAAGUGGGAGGCAUUCGUAUGUUGGAUGGGGCCGUGUACGAUUCUGUAGAGGCCAAGGCCAUCAACUUUAAGAACAACUUUAUUGAUGUGAUGAGUGCUUCAUGGGGGCCCAAAGAUGAUGGAAUGACCAUUGAAGGACCGGGCGCAGCCACACAAGAAGCGCUGGAAAUGGGGGUCAGAAAGGGUCGAGACGGCAAGGGCAUCAUUUACGUGUGGGCCACAGGAAACGGGGGUGUCCAUGACGACGACUGCGGAUGUGACGGCUACGUGUCGUCCCCUUACACCCUGUCUGUCGGAAGUAUCACAGACAACGGGGAUGCACCAUACUUUGAUGAGAAGUGUGCCUCCACCAUGACUGUGGUUCCCAGCGGAGGAGAGGUCCGGGCUGGAGAGUUUGGUGAUAAGCCCAAAAUUAGAGUGGUGACAACAGAUAUCAAUGGUGGCUGUAUUCUAGGAUUUGAGGGAACGUCGGCAGCGGCCCCUCUUGCUGCUGGCUGUAUGGCACUGGCCCUGGAGGCAAAUCCAGAUUUGACCUGGAGAGACGUACAGCACAUCGUCGUGGAAACAUCCAAAAUUCCCUCCGUUGACCCCAAGUGGAUUAUUAAUGGGGCAGGGAAACACGUCAGCCACACGUACGGAUUUGGAGUGUUGGACUGUGGUGCCAUGGUCAAUGCGGCUCUGAAUUGGCAAAGAGUCCCUGAACUCAGCAUCCAGAAGUCGCAGGUGUAUGAUGUCAACAGACCAAUCCCCACUAGAGGCUGUGUAACUCAGACAGUGCAAUAUGUUCCCACCGGAGCACCCCUAAUUCAACUGGAGCAUGUCCAGCUCUACAUCAAGUUACAGCAUAAUCGUCGUGGUGAUGUCCAAAUUUACCUGACCUCGCCAAGUAAAACUGUGUCAGAAAUGCUCUCCACAAGAAAGAAUGAUGACUCAAAAGACGGCAUUGAUUUCACCUUCAUGUCUGUGCACAAGUGGGGGGAGAAUCCAGCUGGAAACUGGGAGAUUAAAGUGUGCGAUAAUCGUAAAUCCACCUCAGAAAACAGAGGAACGUGGGAGAAAUUCCAGUUGAUCUAUUAUGGAACAGCUGAGAAACUUGCCACUCGUAGCACAAGCUCCCAAGAAGCCCGUAAAUUGCCACUGUCAACCGUGGAGAUGAUUGAAAAGACCGAGUUAAUGAAAUCCAGGCAGCUGAAGCUCAAGCGAAACACAGGGGACAAAAGAAAAAAGUCGUACAAUGAAGACAAUGUCGAGGCGGAGAAAGGGAGGGACUUGGAAGAUGAGAAAGAUUUUGAGUCUCGAGGAUUUGAUGAUGAACUAGAUGACCGGGAAUAUCAGAGCAAAAGAGAGAGGAAAGGCGAGCUGUACAAGAAGGUUCUUGAAGAGCUUGAAGACAUGAUGGAACAAAGAGAUCUGGGUUACAGAGAGGAAAAACGUGGGAGAGAUGCAGCCCAAGAACUCUUAGAGGAGAUCAAUCGCGCUCUUGACAAUAAAAAGUAAACUAUGAUAGCCUAUAAUUUCUGCCAUAUUAGGAGUGGUCAGUCGGCAGGAUGCAUUAGGGGAAGCUUUUUAAAAGGAUUAUGAUACUUUUUGGUUAACUUUAGAAUUAUGUUGUAGAGAUUUAGAAUUCAUGUAAACUUGUUGAGAACAUCUCUUUUUCAUUAAGUUUAUUUAUUUAUUAAUUUUGUUGGGGGGGGGGGGGGCAAAAAAACAAGCUUUACUCUUAGCAAAACAAAUUGAAUACUGCUUUGAAGUAAAACAGGGGGGGGGGGGGGGUAAAGUAUUUUUUUUAAGUCAAGAAAUAUAUGUGUGCAUUGCAAAUGUACAGUAAAAGGUUGUAUGUUUUAUAAUGAUAGUUGAUAGUUCUAUUGUAUAGACUGACUCCUCCUGUAUUUGGUGGUGGUGGCUGCCAUAUUUGGCUCUGAUUAUUGGGGAAUUGGGGAAACUCUUAUAUAAAAAAAGCAAUGAUAAUUUCUGAGAUUAUUCUCAUAGGAACUCUUCAUUUUUUUAAAAACUUCCUUUCUACGCAGCUGUUUAGACAUCUGAAUUACUAACUGCUAAAUGUAGAGAUCUUGUUUGCUUUUUUUUUUUUUUAGUUGUUUGCAAUACUUUCAGAGCUGAUCUUGAAUAUAUAUGGAGAAUUUGGAAUCUCAGUGCUAAUUUAACCCAUACAUUUAAAAUUGUGUUGGUAACUUUGUCUUUCACAUUAUAUAUUAUGCAUUGGUGUUGUGAAAUGCAGUAAUUCUGUGUUAUAUUUUUAUAAGGAUUUGAAAUCCAGGGUAUUAUAGCCUUCUGUACAACAAAUUUAUUAAUUGUAAUGUCAAUCUUUAAAAUGUGUUGGUGUAAAAUUUACUGUUACAUUGUCCGAUUGAUUUUUGUUAAAUCCUCAAAGUCCAGUUUUAUUAAGGCUGCAGAUUAUUAUUGCAACUUCGACAAACAUGAAAUCCAUUAAAUCCUAUUGUUCUUGUUAAAGUUAUUGUCAACAUUUUGCAAUCCAAUCCUAUUAUAUACAUUUUUGUAUGGAUAUUGUUAAAAAGGUUUGAGAAAAUUUAUCUUAUACAUUCUAUGUUUUGAAAUCCACAUUUAUUGUAUACAUAUUUUGAAAAUGUUUUGAAUAUGGAAGUUUACAUUUGUUGUUUUAAAAAAUAAUUAAUUUUUUUUCUCUGUGUAAUAGUGCAUAGAUAUACAUGUAGAGUGUCAUCUUGUUAAAGUUGGUUGUUGAACAUUUGUAUUUUCAUACUUUUCUCCAAUAAAAUUUCUUUGGGUCUCAGGUAAAUAGA